AUGGCGCCUAGCGGCACUGCUGGUCACAACAACAUAAUUGAACGUCUUCGCACUGCAGAAACGCGGUUAAGUCAUCUCGAAGCCUACGUCAGUCGGCUGUCAUCACGUCUGCGUGGGGUGGAACAACAACAGGCCCUCCUGGGUGGACUAAUUACGAUCUACUUUGGAUUGAAGGUCGUGCGUUUUUUGGUGGCGGCUUUGUUCAAGUAG